AUGAGCCAACUCCUUGAUGAUUUGUUGACGUUGCCUGGUGCAUUCCUCCUCGGCGUAUGUCUCAUAGCGAAAUUUGUCACGCCAAGAGUGCGCCGCACUGUUGGGCGACAGAUUUACGAUAUAGCUUACCGGCAGCAUCGAGGUGUCGCGCAAUUACAGAAGCGCCUGCGUCAUCCUCUGUUUGACACGCUAUGCAAGGCCACGGCCCUGACCGUCUCUGUGGAGUUCUACCUGCUUGCACUGCCCCCUCUGGUAUGGCUGGGGGGCCCCUCCGGUUUCGUCGCCUGCCUGGCGCUCUGCCAGUGCAUGGCCGUAUCCACAUAUAUGACCUGCGUCCUCAAAGACAUGCUCAGUUGCCCACGACCCUACAUGUUCCUGCGGUCUGGCGGCGGCGCCGUCGCUAAGCCGCCGCCGCCGUCGCCACAGCCGCUUCAUGCCACGGUCACUGCUACUAUCCACGCCGCCACGGCCGCCACCUCCAUACAACCACCGGCGCCUGUUGGCAAUGGCGGCGACGAAGGCGACCAAGGCUACGCGGACGGCGCAUUCCCCGCGUCGGCCGCCACCGGCGCCGCCAUCGCUGCGAUUACGCCACAGCCCGACAGCUCGAAAGGACAUCCGGCAACGGCGGCGACCCAAAUCACAACUUCUCCUCACCAUCACCACCACCAUCACCGUCAUGGAGAUCACGUUGCGCUUAGGUCGGUGGAUCACGAGGUUGCCGUACUCGAAGAUGCGUACCGCAGCGAGAUCGAGUACGGCGCGCCGUCCAUGCACACCUGGUGUGCGUUGGUGCUUCCUGCGUACUCGGCGGCGAUGGCGCACCAUCUGGGGGGACUCAGUACGGCGCAGUGCGCCGCGGGGACGUUGGCCGCCGGCUUCUGGGCUACCUGGGUGGCCGUGACGCGGCUGUACCUGGGGGUCCACACACCCGUAGAUCUGCUGCUGGGCGCCCUGGGCGGCGGGGCUGUGUGGGGGCUGUGGCGCCGGAUAGGCCUUAUGCAAGUGGCGGCGGUAUGGGCGGCAAUUCCGGAUGCUGUGGCGGCGACGGCGGCGGUGGCGGACGCGGCGUUGCCUUUUCCGUCGCCGCCAGCGGCCUGGUCGCGGGCUCGGUUGUCGUCGCUUGGGUUUCGUGACGGCGGCGGCGGCGGCAGUGGAGAGCAGUUUGCUGCACUGGCGGCUAUCGGACUGUUGUACGUGGUUGCACUCGGGACGUACCCUGUUCCUGAGUCCCACACUACCAGCUACGAAUACGCGGUAGGUUGGAGGGGGUGUUGCGGUGGCCGGGCAGAUGUACUGGUGGGGGUCUGGGUCAGGUUCUGCUGGGCUGGGCUGCGGGCUGCGGGCUGCGGGCUGCGGGCGACUGAGGCGCAUCUGGUGACCCCGUUGGUGCUUAGGCCGGUCAUCUUUCUGGGAGCUGCCUACGGUUCCUUGAUCAGCGCCAACACCAACUGCAGCCUAACAGUGUUGGUGCUGCGACCAUUUCUUACUCUCAGCGACAGCGGCGACAGCACCAGUCCAGCGGGUUCCGUACACACUGCUCCACAAGCGGCCGCCGGCAUCACAAGAGUCACCGAGUUCCUGACGGCGGCGGCACCGCCAGUGCUGCGUCAGCCUGUUGCCGUACUGCUGCUGGGAUUUGCGUUUGUGUUUACCGUAAAGCUGCUGAGUAAGGCCCUGCUGUCGAAGGUGCUGCCGCGACUGCUAGACCUGGCACCGCUGCGGCUGAGGCUGCUGUGGCAACCGCCCGUUCACCCCAGCGGUGAUUGCGCAGCGGCAAUCCUAUCCCAGCACGGACACGCGACGCCGCCGUACAGCGUUGAGAGUGAGGAGCAUCCGGGAUGGGUGGGGGAGGGAGUGGGAAUGGCGCCGCGGAAAGCGCCAGACACCGCCGGAGUCGCUGGCGGCGGGCCGGAGCAGCAGCAGCAGCAGCAGCAGCAGCACCAUCGCCACCAGGUUCACCAACAGCAACAUCGCCGGGGACGUACAGCGCCAACAGCUGCACCUCGCCGUGUGCUAAUGAAGACGCCUACCUUGCCCUACGAUGUGGAUUUCCUGCGCAAGUUUCUCAACUACGGCAUCACGGUGUAUGCGGCAAUGGAGUACCGGCACAUUGUGCAGGCACUCAUGUUGAUAGGCCCGGUAGCAGCCGCAGACGUGGGGGCCGGGGCCGGGGGGAGCCGGGGGCCGGCGGUAUGCAUGGACGUACUGCACUACUUGCUGGACCUGCAUCGGCUCAAGGACAUCGACACCCCAGUCAUCGAUCCCCGGGAAUCCGCUGCACCAGCAAUCACUCAUGUGGACACAUGGCAUAUGAGCCGUCCACGUCCUCCAACUGUCCAUUACAAGAAUCACAGUUCUGAUCACCGUUCUGAUCAGGGACGGGUAGCCGCCAGGGCAAACCUGAAGCGUCAGCGACGCACGAACCACACCCUGGCCAGCAGGGCUGGCCAGGCGACAUUCCUAGCGCGCAACGAUACUCUAUAGGCACUUAUUUGCCGUGCGGUAAUCGCUGUACAGCUGUGCGUCUGGCGCUCCGAGGGGACUGCCUAAUCACCGGUCUCCAACUGGGCCGAGCCUGCCGCUUAUAAACGAGGGACACUGAGGGCGGGGGGGGGGGGAAGUGAGAGCAACAAUAAUAAUAAGCUCCAAUAGUGUAGGCAGAAUGCCGGAACUUUGGAGCUGUCAGCUGAAAUAGUAAAUUCGAAUUCUCAGCAAGCCAUACGGCUGCCGUACAUAACCUAGCUUAGAGGCUAUACUCGCUU